GAUCUGCUGCUUCCAUUCCAGCACGACCACGAAUCAACCGGUUGCAACCAUCUCCUCUCCUCAGCUGUUGUCCCUCAUUUGGAUGGAUGCCUAUGAUCCAAGAUCCACCCAGCUUGGCGAGAUGGAAAAUCUACAGCGGCUGGCCACCUACCCUUCUUUCGUAUAUGGACAUAACCAUUCGCAUAAAGUAGUCAAGCUUUUGUCGCACUUUAAGCUCAUCCAGACUCUGACUUUCAUGCUUCUCUAUCCACUGGAAAUUACUAACCAUGAGUACUUGAUGGAAGACAUUACAAGGCUACCAAAGAUUGUGGCCAUGAACCUGCUUAUAGAAACAAACGGACAUUCCUUUGGAACCAGUUUGUUCCAUCUCCUCAGUAUGUGUACUGGUGUCAGAAAGCUGACUAUUACACUUGACUGCAAAACUAGCCAUCCGGUAACUGAGUGCCCAGCAGGCUGUGUUUGUGAUCAGAUGCCUAACUGGAAAACCGAGGAACUCACUCUGAAUUGCCUCAAAGAAGUAAAAGUUAAUAACCUGGGAGCAACUAACCAUGAAGCUGCUCUUGUGAAACGGUUACUCGAGUGGGCAACAGUGCUACAGACCAUGACAGUAGCUUUUGACCGCUCAGUUGCUGGAAGCAAGGCCAAGGAGUUCUGCCAGAUGCUACAAAGCUUCUCAAGGCCAGAAAUAUGUAUGAGAGGGCCGCACUUCGCUUGAUCCAGUUGUACCGGUACACAUAGCACCACUUGUUCAAGGGCAAUUUGCAUGUUCCUGAAGCUUGCCACUUAUGGUCGGCUGGUGGUUGUUUUGUGGUUCUUAUAUGUCUCGUCUCAGUAUCAAUUGCAAUGUCUCUGAACGUCUGGAUCAGGUACACCCUCCGGCGAUGUAAAGAGGCUGUACCAAUAGCACCGUUUGCCACUAUCUUAUAUACGUUGCAGGAUGUACUAGACUGUUAAAACAUUCUUUGGUGGUUUGUUU